UUUUCGCUUUUUUUGGUUUUUGAUGUGAACACUCCGGUCAGCUGUACUUGACUCAAGGCAGACUGGCUCGCGUUCUCAUUGCACUCUGCUGAGAGACUCGGGCACGCGCGCGCGGAAGUUGCAAGCACCUGCGCGCUACCUCUACUAUUUCAAACUCGCCAUAGAAAAAACAAAAAAAAUCAUCUCUGAUAUACCACCAGCCUUUCUACAGGAGUCGACGCGUUGCGCGGACUGACAGUUGUCCUUCACCAUGCUGGAGCAACAACAAACCGUGAGAGUGGCAGAGGAGCCUCGAGGCCAGCUGCUGUCAUCACUCAAGAGCUCCGUGUUUAUCCUGGGCACAGCAUUCGUGGUGCUAGUUGCUGGAAGCAACACUCUUACCUGGCACUUGCAGCGCUUCUGGGGGGCAUCAGGCAACUUCUGGCAAGGCCAGUGGGAUGCUGUCGAGGCUUUCUUUGAUGGAGACGAGUUCUCCAAGAGUGUUUGGGGUACAUUUGCUGUGACUUUUGCGGUCUACUGGCUGGUUGGUGGUCUUUACACAAUGAUGGACCUCACUGGGCGUCCCGCAUUUCUGCUGCGGUACAAAAUCCAGGACACAGCUCCAUACCCAGUCACUUUUGGCCAGGUGUGGCGAGUGGUGCGUCAGGUGCUGUUCAACCAGCUGGUGGUGGGACUGCCUUUUGGUCUUGUGGCCCACCAGCUGCUGGUUUGGCGUGGCUACGAUCGCAGCCCCCAGCUGCCCACAUUCCACUGGGUCCUCUUUGAACUGGCAGUCUGCGUCCUGGUGGAAGAGGCAGGCUUCUACUACUCACACAGGCUGCUGCACCAUCCCCGCCUGUACCGGCACAUACACAAGCAGCACCACGAGUGGACCUCUCCGAUCGCCAUCACAGCUGUCUACUGCCACCCACUGGAGCACCUCUGCUCAAACCUUCUGCCACCAUUGCUAGGCGUGCUGCUGCUCGGCUCUCACCCUGCGACAGCUUGGCUUUGGUUUAGUGUGGCCUUGCUUUCCACCCUCAAUGCCCACUCGGGCUUCCACCUGCCAUUCUUUCCGUCGCCGGAGGCGCACGACUACCACCACCUCAAGUUCAACAACAACUAUGGCGUGCUGGGUGUACUUGACCGACUGCACGGCACGGACCAGCAAUUCCGACAGACAGAUGCCUAUCGCCGUCAUGUCAUGUUGCUCAGCCUGGUGCCUCUGAAGGAACUGUGGCCUGCUGAAGGAAAGAAGAGCUCCCAGUAGCAACCUCUGCAUGUGCCCUGUCAAGGCUUCCUCCCACAUGGCCUUGGUGACUGGGGCUGCCUUUCGUCUGAUGUGUCUUGCUUGGCCUGUGUCGUUGCUUCAUGACGAGUCUUGUGCAUGAGCGUGAUGCUCCGUCUGAGCCCCUUUUGUGGCUCAAAACCUGUGAUAAUCUAGACUGCAACACCACCUUACACACCCAGGUCCAGUUAUGCCUUUGGAAACAUUCAGUAGCUUAUUGGAUCCAGUAGCCGCCACCGUGACCCAGCAGCAAAGAUGUUUUUUUGUUGAGCAAGACGUCGCAGGAUUGAUUUCUGGCUGCUCAGGACGGAACAUGAAAAUUCCCAUGAGCUGAGAUUUCAGCAUGCUUCGAAAAAAUGCUAGGUUACAAGUAAUCUGGAACUUUCCAUCGGGGCACCCCUUAUAGUCCUAGGCCAGUAUAACUUAAGGAUUCUUUCUGCUCGACUCUAUUUCCUUUUCAUCAUCCAUCGCUCAUGACUGGCAAAUCCUGGUGAUAACAUAGGUGGCAUGCCACUUGGACAACAGACGAGAUAAAAGGAAAAAUAUUAGAAAUGCAAUCUGUCCCGGACGCACUCUGGAUGGGAGCUCCCGCACAGGUUACAAUGUUCCUGCUUUAUGUUUUGGAAAGUGGUGCUCAUUCACUGCUGUGCCACGCUCUGAAACAUCAAAACAGCACCAAAGGUUGUGCUUGAGGUUUAAGCAGUAGUAUAGAGAAUUUCAACGCAGGCUAAGUGGCUAUGGCAUUCUGAUGCCAACCAUGAGGUCUCGGGCUCAGUUCCUGGCUAUGGCGGCGACAUUUUGAUGGGGGUCAAAUGCAAAAACAUUUAUGUACUGUGACUUAAUUGCAAGUUAAAGAACCCCAGCUGGUCAAAAUUAACCCGGAGCCUUCCACUAUGGCAUCCCUCAUAACCUGCUGUGUAGUUUCAGGACAUUAAACCCCACAAUUUAAUUUUAAGGGG